UUGAACGUUCGGUGCAUCAACAUUGCAAAAGAUGCUAUUCUUAGUUGUUAUUGCAAUUCUCGCUGUAUUCGCGGUCAUACUGAUAUCGUAUCAGUUUCGGUACUGGAUUCGUCGCGGUGUUCCUCAGCUCCAGCCGUCAUUUCCGUUCGGAGAUUUUGGCGAAUUUUUCCGCCAGAAGCAUGGCAUACCGAUGACCUACGCCAAUAUCUACGCCAGAAGCAGACAUCUUCCGUACGUUGGAAUCUACUUGUCGAUGAGGCCAGCUCUGAUCGUCAAUGACCCCCAGAUGGUGAAGGAUAUUCUGGGCCGAGAUUUUGAUCAUUUUCACGAUCGAGGUUUGCACGUCAAUGAAGAAACGGACCCGCUGAGUGGCAAUCUCUUUUCGUUGGGAGGUGUGACAUGGAAGAAUCUGAGGGCGAAGUUGACUCCCACCUUUACUUCGGGGUGCUUGAAAGGAAUGCUUCCGAUUCUGGUGGACAAGGCGAUGGUGCUUCAGAAACGAUUUGCGAUGGAACUGUCUUCUCAGAGUAGUAUUGAGGUGAAGGAUCUUUUCGCUCGAUAUACAACCGAUGUGAUUGCGUCAGUCGCUUAUGGAAUAGACAUCGAUUCCAUCAACAACCAGCACGACAUUUUCCGUCGAAUGGGCAUCAGAGUGUUUCAACACGAUUUCAAAACAUCACUCAGAUUGGCACUUACAUUUUUCAUCCCCAAAAUAAAAGCACUUCUCGGUUUCAGGAUGGUUGCACCAGAUGUUGAGGAUUUUAUGAUUAAUCUUGUGUGCAAAACCAUAGAACAGCGUGAACGGGAUCGCACCCAGCGAAAAGACAUGAUGCAGUUGUUGCUUCAGCUACGAAAUACCGGGACCGUGUCCAUCAGCGACCAUCAAUGGAAUUUAGAUUCAUCAUCCACCGACAAAACCCUUUCGAUCAACCAAGUGGCGGCUCAAGUGUUCGUUUUCUUCAUCGCCGGGUACGAAACGUCUUCGACGCUGAUGUCUUUCUGUGUAUUGGAACUUGCUCGCAAUCCCGAGAUUCAGGCCAAAGUUCAUCGUGAGAUAGAUAGCAUUCUUUCGCAUCACGGAGGCGCCUUGACUUACGAAAGCCUCGCAGAAAUGAAAUACCUCGAUAGCUGUAUGGAUGAAACGCUACGAAAGUACCCUCCUGUACCAUUUUUGAAUCGCGAGUGCACAAAAGCUUAUCGGAUUCCCGAAACGAACGUAAUUAUCGACAAGGGCACAGCCGUUGUUGUGUCUCUGCUGGGGAUGCAUCGUGAUCCGCAGUACUUUCCUCAACCGGACGAGUUCAAACCGGAACGGUUCUCCAGUGAAGAGCAGUUGAAUGGAUCGAACAGGGCGUAUUUUCCGUUCGGAGGUGGACCCAGGGUGUGCAUUGGAAUGCGAAUGGGAUUGCUGCAGGCAAAGGUGGCACUGGUGACGUUGCUGGCCAAGUUCGAGCUUUCAUUGGCCAAUAAGGAGGACUACGAUAGGGAACUGCCCUUGAAGGCCAACACUUUACUCUUGGUAACGCAGGAUGGAAUUCAAUUAGUUGUUAAGGAACGAUGAAUAAUAAUGUUAGUUGCUCAAAAUGAGAGAAAUGACUUAUACAAAUAGGAAAGAUAAAUGAG